AUGGCACAGCUCUACCUGGAAACACCAACUCGUGCCCCGGCCUCCGUAUCCGCACCGUACCUCGAUAACCCAUGGGCACCCGAGCUGCAAGGUCCUCUCAGUCCUCUGCAAACACCUGCUCAUUUUCCACCAGCUGAAAGCACUUACCUGAGGACCGGAACAUACCAACCCACAGGUUUCCAUACCCCGGUUCCUCUCUCUCCGGCUCUUCCAACUGUUCUUGAACAAAUGGAAACGGAAAGCACAGAUCAUUUGGGAAGUGAACCUGCCGAAAUUCGUUUCCUUCGGAACCAAACUCAGCUCACGGAAGCCAUCCACCUCAUGGCCAGGAACAUGUCGAAUAUGCCCAUGAUGCAGCCGCAUCAAGAGCCGACUCCUCGGCCCAAGUUGAAGGCUCUGGAUGUGUUCGACGGUACAAGCGCCCAAAAGUUGGAUCCCUUCCUCGUCCAGUGCAUGAUGUAUAUUUCGCUCUGGCCCCACAAGUUCACCACCGAAGACUCCAAGGUCAGCUUCAUUAUGUCGUACCUAUCUGGCUCCCCCUACAACUGGUUCCAAUCACAAAUCACUGCCGCCCUCGAAACCGGUAUGACCCAGCCGCUUCCGUGGCUUUCAGAUGUUGCGCUCUUCAUUCAGGAGCUCAAGCAACUUUUCGGCCCACGAGAUCUGGUUGCAGAUGCCGUUAACCACCUUGAGAAUCUCACCUUCCGAGACUCCGGCAAAGCAACGCGAUACACCUUGGAAUUCAACCAGUAUGCGGGUCGCACAGGAUGGAACGAACAAGCCCUUUAUCAUCAGUACUACAAAGGACUUCCAAACCGGAUCAAGGACAAAUUUCCUCAUAUGGGCAAGCCAACCACCCUCAUUAGUUUGCAGCGAACUGCCCAAGAACUCGAUCAUUGCUAUUGGGAGCGCCAAAACGAGAUCAAUCGCGAAAAGCGCAAAGACAACGCCAACAGCAAGUCCGGCACCAGCAACAACAACAGCAGCAACAACUCCGGCUCAUCAAACUCCAAAGGCAACUCAGCCAGGUCAUCUUCCGGCUCUGGCUCUUCGAACUCCAAGUCCGGCUCCAACUCCAGCAACAACAGCAAGGAUAAGGAUAAGUCAAAAUCCAAAGGCUCUUCUUCGGAUAAGCCGAAUCCUCUGGCUGACAAGUUGGGUGCCGACGGAAAGCUCAAGCCUGAGGAACGUGAACGCUGGCUCAAGGGAGGCCUCUGCCUCUUCUGCGGCAAAGCUGGCCAUGUUGCUUCUGACUGUCGCAAGUGUAACUCCGCCAAAGGUCGCACCUCGUCUACUAUGGCCACUCCUCCUUAUACCACUUCCGCACCUGCCGCUCCGGCUGCGAAGGACACUAAGUCCAGAACAGCAAAAGACACUAUCCGACCCCGACUCCCUCACGCUCCCUGUUACAUUACACUCACGAUCUACGGUUCCUGCCACCGGCUUGCCUUACGCCUCCUUGAUGGGACUGUUAACACUUGGAUAACCCAAGCUGCCGACAUCCCUAUCCGAUAUCCGACUGGCGACAUUCUCUCCUUGACCUUCUUUGUCACUAAACUGGAUUCUUCAUGUGCCCUAGUGUUUGGAUACAAUUGGCUGCUCAUUGCCGAGUCACUUCCAGUCCCUCCUAUUCCUCCUAUCCUGCCUACUCCUUCCCUUCCUUAUGAACCUUCUCCCAAACCAUCCACUCCCUUGCCUCACGUUUCCCUUAUCAACGCAGUCGCCUUCGCACGCGCCUGCCAUCUUCCGGGGUCAGUCUCGUUCCAACUGGCCCUAUCCAGUGACGGUUCGGUCUCGGCUCGCUCUUUGGCUACCGACAACCCGGAACCCGUUGACCUCUCUUCCGUCCCGGAAGACUACCACGAAUUCCCGGACGUGUUCAGCAAAUCCAAGGCCGACACCCUCGCACCUCAUCGUCCCUAUGACCUCAAGAUCGACCUCGAGGAAGGUGCCGAGCCGCCCCUCGGCCAGAUGUAUUCUCUCUCCCCUACCAAACUUCAAGCCUUGCAAGAGUUCCUGGAAGAGAAUACUCGAUCCAAGUUCAUCCAACCAUCCAACUCAUCUCACGGAGCCCCUAUCCUCUUUGUUCGGAAGAAGGAUGGCUCUCUUCAGCUCUGUGUUGACUACCGCGGCCUUAACAAAGUCACCAAGAAGGACCGCUAUCCCCUCCUGCUCAUCUCCAACCUGUUGGACGCUCCCGGCAAAGCCAAGGUUUUCACCAAGAUCGACCUUUGGCAUGCCUACCACCUGGUCAGAAUCGUGGAUGGUGACGAAUGGAAAACCACGUUCGGGACCCGCUACGGCUCGUUCGAAUGGAGGGUUAUGCCAUUCGGCUUAUCCAACGCUCCAGCUGCUUUCCAGCAAUUCAUGAAUGACAUCUUCUCGGAUCUCAUCGAUGUUUCGGUUAUUGUCUACCUGGAUGACAUUCUCAUUUACUCUUCAGAUCUCGCCUCACACAAGGAACAUGUCAAGGAAGUGCUCCGAUGUCUUCGGAAGCAUGGACUUUACGCCCAGCCUGACAAGUGCGAAUGGCACGCCGAUCGUGUUGAGUACCUCGGCUAUAUUCUUUCGGCUGACGGUCUCUCCAUGGUGGCUGACAAGGUCAAGAUCAUCCAGGACUGGCCUGAGCCAUGGAAAGUCAAGAACAUUCAGUCCUUCCUCGGCUUCGCCAAUUUUUAUAGACGGUUCAUUUACAAUUAUUCUGACAUCUGCGUUCCUCUCACCUGGCUCACUCGGAAAGGUGUUCCCUUCAAGUUUUCUGACGAAGCCCGGGAAUCGUUCAACUACCUCAAGAAAGCCUUCACUACGGCUCCUGUCCUCACCCAAUGGAUUCCGGAUCGGCCCAUCAUCCUCGAAACCGAUGCUUCUGACUAUGCCCUUGCUGCUAUCCUCUCUAUCGAGCUGACCAAUGGAGAAAUCCACCCAGUUGCUUUCCACUCCCAUAUGUUCAAUCCAAUCGAACUCAACUAUGACGUCCAUGACAAGGAACUUUUCGCGAUCUAUGAAUCGUUCCGGAUCUGGCGGCACUACCUGGAAGGCUCCGGCACUCCCAUUGACGUUGUUACCGACCACAAGAACCUUGAGUAUUUCGCUACCAUGAAACUCUUGAACCGUCGGCAGGCACGUUGGUCCGAGUACCUAAGUCAGUUCAACCUCAUUGUUCACUUCCAACCUGGCAAGCUCAGCACCAAACCGGAUGCCCUUACUAGACGAUGGGACGUCUACCUUAAAGAGGGAGGUAGCGACUAUGCCACUGUCAACCCCCACAACUUCUGUCCAGUAUUUACCCAGGAACAGCUGGCUACAUCCCUCCGAGCGUCAACUCUGAUCACACCCUCUCUGCGUGGAGCUAUCACCCUUGACAUCGAAAAGCUUCAUGCUGACAUCCGAGAAGCCCUUCCGAAUGAUCCAAUCUCUGCUGCUCAGCUUCCGGCACCCUCUGACCCCAAGUUCACCCUCUCCCCUGACGGCCUACUACUUCUCAACAAUCAUAUCUUUGUUCCAGACGUUAACAACUUGCGGAUCUGUGUGUUGCAAACCAAGCACGAUCAUCCGUUAGCCAGUCACCUUGGCCAGAACAAGACUCUCAAAUUGGUCCGACGAGAAUAUGCAUGGCCCGGCAUGCACAACUUUGUCAAAGACUACGUCAAUUCUUGUGUUACUUGCAACCGAGUCAAGCCGUGCUGCCACAAGCCUUAUGGGCUCCUUAAGCAGCUUCCAGUUCCUGAGCGUCCUUGGAAUUCUAUAUCCAUGGACCUCAUUGAGAAGCUUCCGCCUUCCGCUGGUUUCACUGACAUCCUAGUCAUCGUCGAUAGGCUCACGAAGCAAGCCGUGUUUGUGCCGACACAUUCCGACCUCACAGCUGUCAAGUUGGCCGAGUUGUUCAUCCUCAAUGUAUUCUCCAAGCAUGGUGUCCCCUCUCACGUCACUUCCGAUCGCAGUUCCAAAUUUGUCUCGCACUUCUUCCAAGGCCUGGAUAAGGCUCUCAACAUAGAACUGCAUUUCACUUCCGGCUACCAUCCGGAAGGUGACGGCCAGACGGAACACACCAACCAAACCUUGGAACAGUACCUUCGAACCUACUGCAACUACCAACAAGACAAUUGGGUCACUCUCCUUCCGCUUGCUGAAUUCGCCUACAACAACGCUCCACACGAUGCCACUGGCGUAUCGCCCUUCUUCGCCAACAAGGGUUAUCAUCCGAACUUAGCCAUGCACCUGGAAUGCAACAUUGCCUCUAGCUGUGCUCGAGAGUUCGCUGUUGACCUAGGAGAACUCCACGAGUUCCUUAAGGAAAACAUUCGCGAGUCUCAAAAGCACUACCAAAAGGCAGCCGACAACCGACGUCUUCCGGCUCCGAACUUCAAGGUUGGCGAUCAAGUUUUUGUCAAAGCUCAAUUCUUCUGA